AUGCUCCUGGAACGGGGAAAUGCAUUGACCUGGGUGUGCGGAGGCAUUUCCUGUUGCUACUAUCGUCAGCGCCAUCUGCUAUACUCCGUGCAAGCCUGUUCCUUCCUAGCAUUUGUUGUUGGAUCCUUCUUGCUUCCUCAGGAUGUGAUCAAGGCUGCUCCUGCACCAUCCGCCUGUUUCCCCUGGUCUUCGUUCCCGUCACAGUUGCGUUGUCUUUCAGAUCUGGUGGCACUUCACUCCUUCGUGCCUCAGUAUCGUCCACUCAUUUGUACCACCUUUUGUGCCUUUUUGGUUGUGUCGCUCUAUCUCGAAACCUUCUGCAGCUAUCCUUCAAUCUCUGCACGCCAGCUCUCCGACAUCCGAGUCCUUUCGACCCUUGCACGGGCGCAACUUCAAACCAAACACCCCGCUCGCCCGUUACAAACACACCAAGUCUCUCACCAGAGCGUCAAUCGUCAAUCAUGGCAGCAGGUGUUCGAGAUCCAGCAUUCUGGAAGCGGUUUUCAAUGGCGGUACAUUUGGAUGAAGAGAAAGCAAACAUUUCGGAGACCAGGUCAACUUCAACUGCCUCGUCAACAGCACCUUUGA